CUCAGUGGUGGCCAUUUUGAAUACAUUCUGAAUAAGACAAGUAAAGAAUACGGAAGUUCGAACACAGACUCAAAGCAGUAAUUGUUGCCAAAAGUGCAUCUACGAAGUACUGACUUGAAGGAGAUGCUGCUUGGCUCACUGACUUCCUCCGGAAGUUUGCUCUGAACUCCAGAUUCAAUCAUCUGUAGUGUCUGCACGCAUCAAGUUCUGUUCUGCAAAUGGUGGACGACCUCCAAACUAACGCAAAUGACCAGUGCUUGCUGUCACUCACCAGAACCGGUAUCUGUUCCUGUGCUGUUUCUGUCACCGCCAAAUGUCUCGUGUGUUGGACACUCAGUGUUAGUGUCCUGUGAGUCUGUCCAGGGAUCCCUUCCCAUUCAGUACACGUUCUAUGAAAAGAUCCCAUCUGAGGAUUCAAAGAUCUCCAACACCAGUAAACUGGCUCUACAUUGUCAAUCCUUCAAACACCAGCACCAUCAAUAUUACUGCACAGCCUCGAAUAAUCAUGGAGCAAAAUCCAGUGAAAUGAUCAACGUGAGAGUCUUCAAUAGAACGGGGAGUUGCAGUUAUACGGUGGAAAUCAAUGGCACUGGACGUAAUUAUUCUUGUGAAACUACUACAGCAGAGUCAAUGACAACUGCAGGUUCUACAGGGAUAGGAAUACAUUCCAUUGCUUCCCUGAGAUACACAGUAUGGAAGCUGGGGCGCUGGCUGCUCUUUGUUCUGAUGGUUAUCUUCACUAUUUCAAUCAAAUAGUUCAAGCAAGAAACUAAGAAAUGCGAUAACUGAAAUCUGCACUGCUGAUACCCUUUGUGAAGAAUCCUUGAAGUUAACAAAUGUGAUGGAAUUUUGCUUCAAGAUCAGAUGUUUUCUCCUAGCUUUGAACAGCUCUUAUUGACUGUUCUAUGUAUAUACCUUAUGUUACUAUACCAGUGACUUAAUGAAACUGAAACCAAGCAAAACAAACUAAUCAUCCUUCAAAGUGACAUUUUUGUUUCCAUAAUUCUAUUUUAAAAAACUUUCCCUUCUUUGUACUGAACAUAGUUUCACCUUUCCCAAUACUUCAGAAUCUUCAACUCUGUUAGAUAGAGAGUUGUCAAUUCAAAUUUUAGCCGUAGAUAUUGCUUAUUAUACUAAUCUGCAAAUAAUAAUGAAUUAAAUGCUUCUUAAUUCAUUGCUGGUGUUAAUGAGUGGUUAUAUGUUUUUUUUCUCAUCUGACUUAAGUCAUGGAGAACAGAUUGCAUUUUGGUUCUUGGAUUUGUCUCAGUGUCAAUGGUUAUUUACUUACUGCCCGUUAUGCCGGUGUUUAGAGCAUCAAUGAAGGUCCUCCAUCUCCGUCUGUCCUAGGCCAUCUUCUCUAUUGUAUCUCAGAUUUGGUUCAGGGGUCCUCAUUUUUGCCUCUAUGGUAUGGUGCCAAGUAGUAUUUGGCUUCCCGCAUUUCCUCAGCCCUUCAGGUGUCCUGUGAAGUGCUGUCUUGGAGAAUGGAAUUGACCACUCUUCUCACCAUGUGCCCAAUUCAUCUGCAACAUUUACCACGUCCUCUUGAUAACACUGAUGGAGUAUGGGAAACAAUUAAUCCUUCAAGCCAUGAGAUUACACGAGAACAAUUAUUGAAGAUGGAUAUGGACCUGAAACAUUGGAUUUGUUUUUCUUUACGCGGAUGCUGCCUGACCCACUAAAGAA